AUGGAAGUUCUCGCAGUUCAAACGCCCUUGUUACUCUCUAACACGACCACAAACCUCACAGCACAAUGUCUCUCCUCGAAGCUUCCAAGCCCGACCGUCUUCGGCGCAGACGUUCUAGCCGUCACAUCAUCUCUCGUGACCAAUUAUACAGCCUCGUUCUUACCCCCAACAUUCUUCAACUCCGAUCCAGUCAUGUACGGAGAAGUCAAUGAUUUAUCCUUCUGCAACGUUACAGUCACAUAUACGCAUCCCGGCCAGAAUGACAAUAUCAACGUGAAUAUUUGGCUCCCUCUAUCAAUCUCCGACGGGGUAUAUUCAAACAACACCUCUGGUAAUUCCGCGCCCACCGAAACGAUUGACACCUCGGCGCCAUCAUGGAACGGCCUCUUCCUCUCCCUCGGCGGCGGCGGCUUCUCUAUGUGUCUAGGCGACUUGUUCUCUCAUACUUCGCUGACACAGGGCUACGCCAUCGCCCAGACGGACGGCGGGCACCACCCCGCGGCACCCGCCGAGGACUGGGCCUUACUUUCGCCAGGCAACGUCAAUUUGUAUCUACUCCAGGACUUCGGCUCCGUGGCCCUUCACGACGAAGCUGUGAUCGGGAAAUCAAUCGUGGAAUCCUUCUACGGCAUCCCACCCCGGUACAGUUACUUCCAGGGCUGUUCCACAGGUGGACGACAGGGCUUGAUGCUGGCACAACGGUAUCCAGAGGACUACGACGGCAUCCUCGCCGCGGCGCCUGCGAUAUAUAUGCCAAAACUGCUGAUGGGGCAUUACUGGGCACAGGUAUUCAUGAAUGAGUUGGGCAAGUAUCCGCACCGCUGCGAGUUCGAAGCCAUAACGAAUGCCGCGGUUGAAGAGUGUGACGAGUUCGACGGUGUCAAAGACGGUAUCGUCGCUGCUCCGGAUCUAUGCCACUUCGACCCGUUUACGUUAGUCGGGAAGACUGUAUCUUGCACGGAACAGUCCGCGGACGAUGAGCCGGCCCAUGAAACCACACACUCCGUCACCCUCACCCACGCCGCUGCACAAGUGGCACAAGCCAUCUGGCGCGGCCCCGUUGACACGAGCAACGCCACACUAUGGCACGGAAUGACGCACUCUGCGCCACUGUCCGUUUUCUACGCGGGGACACGAUGCUUUAAAAACGGCACCUGCGUCGCCAUCCCCAAUGGCCUAACCAGCGACUGGCUCCGACUGUUCAUGUACAAGAAUGCCAAUUUGACAAAUACUGAUCUCGCGAAACAGAUCACGCACGAAGAAUACGUUAGACUAUUCCACCAAUCUGAGGAAUUAUACCACUCAUUCCUAGCAACGAGCGAUGCCGAUCUCAGCGCCUUCGCAGCCCGAGGCGGCAAGAUGAUUACCUGGCACGGUCUGAGCGACGAGGGCAUCAUGCCUGCCCAAUCACGUGCUUAUUUCGAGGAAGUCCUUCGACUUGCGGCAAAUCACUCCCCCUCAAGCCAGAAAGUGAGUGACUACUACCGCCUCUUCCUGGCACCGGGCGUCGAGCAUUGCGGCGGUGGACCCGGCGCGUUGCCCGUGAACGUCAUGUCCGCGCUACGGGCGUGGGUAGAGCACGAUAUCUCACCCGACAUGCUUGAAGGUGAGAGUUUCACGGGCCCGGCUAAGAUUUAUAGGCCCGUAUGCAUGUAUCCGCUUGUGGCAAGGUACAAAGGCCAUGGUGACCCCGCGGGGGCGGAGAGUUUCGAGUGUAGUGAUUCGUUUUGA